UGCGCGCCUCUCCGGGAGCCUCGGGCACCGCCCCCGGGCGGGGAAAGGUGGGCGCGGAGGCGGGAAGCGCAAGGGCGCGCGGCGACGCUGGGUGGGCUGCACUGCUGAGCCCUGAACACCUCAGCUCCUCUGCCUUCCGCACCCGCUGACUCCGCGUGCCCCCUGCGCGCUGACAGAGCAUCCUUCAUCCCGGCGCGACCCUCCCGGGAGGCAGCUCAGCACAUCUGACCACAAAUCCAGAAACCCAUGCGCCCCCUCGGCCCGCGACGCCAGAGCGCGGUUACAGCGAGAUUGGGGCGACUUGCUUUUCUCCUCUCCCGAACUGCCGCUUCCCUCUCUCGUAAAGCCAGUCGUCAAGUUGGAAAAGCCGCUCCACCUAAUCUUUAAAAUAACCCCCUCCGGGGCGUGGCUGGCGUCCUCUAACCGCACGGCCCUGGAGAGUUGGCCUUGGCUGGGAGUGACUCUCGUUUUGUGCCUGAGGAGAGCGAGGAAGAGUGUGAGGGCCGAGCAUCCUCGCGAAGAGAUGCCUUUAAAAAGUCAUCCAUAGCAUCAGUGGAAACAGUUUUGUGUUGCUUUGUUUUGUUUAUACCGAGUGGUUUUUCGGCGAAGUGCUGUUUUGGUUAAAAGAAGAAAUGGCCCCUCAGGAGUUCACCCGGCGACUGACCACAGUGAUCGCUCGUGUCGAUGAAAUUAUGCAGCAGGAAAUCAGGCCCUUGGUGGCAGUGGAUAUAAUUGAACAACUUCACAGACAAUUUGCCAUUCUUUCAGGAGGCCGAGGGAAAGAUGGUGCCCCCAUCAUCACUUUUCCAGAGUUUGUGGGGUUUAAACACAUCCCAGAUGAGGACUUUCUGAAUGUCAUGACCUACCUCACCAGCGUCCCCAGUGUGGAGGCUGCCAGCAUCGGAUUCGUCAUUGUUAUCGACAGACGAAGGGACAAGUGGAGCUCCGUAAAAGCAUCCUUGACACGAAUAGCUGUAGCAUUUCCAGGAAACUUGCAGCUCAUAUUCAUUCUUCGUCCAUCCUGCUUUAUCCAGAGGACAUUCACUGACAUUGGUAUUAAGUACUAUCGAGAUGAAUUUAAAAUGAAAGUGCCGAUCGUUAUGUUAAACUCCGUUUCUGACCUUCAUCACUACAUUGACAAAAGCCAACUGACAGAGGACUUAGGGGGAACUUUGGAAUAUCACCACAGUCAGUGGAUAAAUCAUCGAACUGCCAUUGAAAACUUUGCUCUGGCGUUGAAGAGCACUGCUCAGAUGCUCCAGACUUUUGGGGCCUGCCUAGCCGCAACAGAACUGCCCAGAAGCAUGUCAUCCUCUGAAGACCUUCUCAUGUCCCACACAAGGCAGCAGGGCAAGUUGCAGGAUGAGCUAAAAUUACUUGGAAAGCAAGGGGCCACAUUGCUGUCAUGUAUUCAAGAACAAGCAACCAAAAGUCCCACCAGCAAACUCAGUCUCAAUGAAGCUGAGAAUGUAGCUACCAUGGAAAGGUUAUUAGUUCAGUUGAAUGAAACAGAAAAAGCCUUUAGUCAGUUCUGGUCUGAGCAUCACCUGAAGCUUAAUCAAUGCCUACAACUGCAGCACUUUGAACACAAUUUUUGUGAGGUUAAGUUUGCCCUGGACAAUGUGUUGGCAGAGCAAGCGGAGUUUACAGACAUCGGAGACAGUGCAACGCGUGUGGAGCAACUUCUUAAGGAAUACAAAAAACUGGAAGGAAAAGGCCAGGAGUCCUUGGAAAAGGCCCAGCUGCUUGCAGUAAUUGGGGACCAGCUCAUCCAAAGCCACCACUAUGCAGUGGACUCCAUCAGACCCCAGUGUGCAGAGCUCAGGCACCUCUGUGAUGACUUCAUCAAUGAAAACAAGAAAAAACAUGACAUUUUAGAAAAGUCCUUGGAGUUGCAUAGACAGUUGGACAAGGUCAGCCAGUGGUGUGAAGAAGGAAUCUACCUCUUGGCUUCCCAAGCUGUAGACAAGUGCCAGUCCCGAGAGGGGGUUGACAUUGCCUUGACUGACAUUGAGACAUUCCUGGGCACAGCGAAGGAGUACCAGUUGCCCAGCCCCAACGAGUUUUACAACCAGUAUGAGCUGAUGCUCACUCUUGAUGUAAAGGCCAAAGCCCACAAAGUCCUGCAGAAGCUGGGUGAUGUGCAGGAAAUAUUUCACAAGAGGCAAAUGAGUCUGAUGAAACUGGCAGCCAGACAGACUCGCCCAGUGCAACCCGUGGCCCCGCGUCCUGAGUUCUCCCCAAAAUGGGUGUCACCAAAAAUCUGCCAGCCCUCCACCUUGGCUCCUCAUCAGAAAACAUCUGUGGAACGUUAUGUGGAGACGGAUUUAAACUCUGUGGAAAAGGAAGAUGAGACUAAAUUUGAAGUCAAGAAUGAAGAAAUACUUGAAAGCAGUCAUGAUGGGGAGAACCCUGAGCCAGAGCAGCUUGACAGUUCCAAAAAUCUCUCCCCCAGCAGGCGCAUUAUACGUGACUUGCUUGAGACGGAAGAGACUUAUAUAAAAGAGAUUAAAAACAUAAUUGACGGAUAUAUCAUUCCAAUGGAUUUUAUUUGGCUGAAGCAUCUAAUUCCAGAUGUUCUUCGGAAUAACAAGGAAUUUCUCUUUGGGAAUAUUAGAGAACUUUAUGAAUUUCACAACAGGACUUUUCUAAAAGAAUUGGAAAAAUGCACUGAAAACCCUGAACUUCUGGCACGUUGCUUUCUCAAGAGAAAAGAAGACCUUCAAAUGUAUUUUAAAUAUCAUAAGAAUCUGCCCCGAGCCAGGGCAAUCUGGCAAGAAUGUCAAGACUGCACCUACUUUGGGGUAUGCCAGCGUCAACUGGGUCACAGUCUCCCUCUUUUUAAGUAUCUGAGAGGACCAAGCCAGAGACUUAUGAAGUACCAGAUGUUGUUGAAGGGUCUGCUGGAUUUUGAGUCACCUGAGGAUUUGGAGAUGGACCCAGGUGAUCUAGAAGGAGGUUUGGCUAAGAAUGGGCCAGAGAGGACCAAGGAUUCAGCCUUCUCAGACGACCUACAACAAGCUUUGGCCAUGAUGGAGGAUUUGAUCAAGUCCUGUGAGUUGGCUGUGGACCUGGCAGCAGUCACCGGAUGUCCGGAUGAUAUCAGAAAACUGGGCAAGCUGUUGAUGCAUGGCUCUUUCAACGUCUGGACAGUUCACAAGGAUCGUUAUAAGAUGAAGGAUUUAAUUCGAUUUAAGCCCAGCCAGAGGCAAAUCUAUCUAUUUGAACAGGGAAUAGUGUUCUGUAAGAUACGAAUGGAGCCCAGUGACCAGGGCCUGUCUCCUCACUACAGCUUUAAGAAGUCUAUGAAGUUAAUGACACUUGCAAUUCGCCAACUUGGAAGGGGGAGCAACAGAAAGUUUGAAAUUGCCAACCAAAAUGGACUUGAGAAAUACAUCCUACAGGCAGCUUCAAAAGAAAUCAGAGAUUGUUGGUUUUCAGAAAUAAGUAAAUUAUUGCUGGAACAACAAAACAAUAUUAGAGGUGCCGGCUUGCUAAUUUUCACCAUGAUUGCAGGCUGUUGGCUUCCAAGGCCACCACCAAGAAGAAGGGAUGUUUAUGAGGAUGAAGAAAAUGGCAGACAAAUAUCCCCAAAAUGUUGCUCCAGCAGGGAGUUUAUCUCCAUGGAAACCUUUGACAAUUGUGAAGGUGCAGAAGAUACGGAAAAGGAGAGCAGUGCUCUGAGUCUGUCGGGGCUUUGCCAGUUGGACGACAGUUAUGAAUCCUCCAAGUCUGUUCAGGAAACGGGAGAAAGCAUCCAGGGAGAGAAAGAGGGCGGCGAAGAGGACACGGCCACUUACAAAACUGAGGAGAGCCCUGGGAUGUCCGCUGGCUUGCUCGACCCCAGUGGGGAGACCGGUUUUCGAGCAGAGGCAGUGCGGGCGCGGGAAGGGGGCCUGAGGCCGCCCUCCGCAGAGAACUGACACUCGUCCCAGACAACCCAGCCUCCCCGGCCUCCUGCAUUCCCAGGAGCCGCUGCUGUGGAUGCGGAGGCCGGCCCGCCCUUAAGCAGAAGCAGCAAAGGGGCCUUGGAACCUCUCCGCUGCCCUGCCCGGGGGCAACAGGACCAUCUUGCCGGAGCCUCAGGAGCGGUCGCCAUCCGCCCGCGGAGCCCACCCCUCCCGGUGCAGCCCUGCUCGCGCAGGGACUCGGCGCAGACCCCGUGGAGAACCUGCAGGUGCUGACGCACUCCUGCGCAGGGACUUGGCGCAGAGCCCGUGGAGAACCUUGCGCCAUUAGAGGCACGCCUGCGCGAGCGCAGCCGGCUUGGUUGCGGACCCCGCGAACCUCGAGCUGCUCGGCACACGCGCCUUUUGGAGGUUAGCAUAAUCCAGUGUUGGAGAGCUGAGCGCAGGGUUUCUCAAUGUCGGCACUUUUGACUUCGCAGGCUGGAUACUUCGUUGUUGGUACUUCUUGUGCCUUGUAGGAUGUUUGGGAGCAUCUCUGGCCUCUGCCCACUAGAUGCCUGUAACACCCCCCCACCCACUUACCCAAAUUAUGACAAUCAAAAAUGCCUUCAGACAUUGCCAAAUUUCUGCUGGGGUGGAAGUGGGGAGCUAGGUUGAGAACCUCAGAUCAGAGCUGCUCAGACUCCACAUGGCAGCCCUGUGUUCACCUCCCUUAAUCCCCACAGGAAUGUUAAUGUGAUACUUUUGUUACUUUGUUCCAGGAUUGUUUCCUUUUAGCGAGGGUUGGUUACAGGUUAAUUUCUUACGUUUAGACUUGUUAGUUUUUAGUUUCAGUUAUCCUCGGUUAUUUAUUUUUAGUUUUAUUAAUUUUCAUUUGUUUUUAGUUUUCUAGUUAUUUAAUCUUAUAGCUUUAAAGUUACCUGUUUAUAAUUAUUUUGUCUUUAAAGUUACUUAGUUUUUGAGUUAUUUAUUUUCAGUUAUUUAUAGUUACUUUGUUUUAAUAGUUAUAUAUUUCCAAAUUAGCUUUAGAAUUAUUCAUUUUUAAUUAUCUGUCUUUUCAGUUGUUAAUAUCUGAGUUAUUUAUUUUCAUGGUUAUUCUAUUUUUCGUUAUUGGCAUUUUUGAAUUAUUUAUUUUACAGUUACUUAUUUGAAUAGUAAAAACUCACUGGAAGUUUUUGAAUUCCUUUAUUUUCAGAAUAAAAUAGCUGUCUUUAUUUUGGGGUUUUUCCGCUAGUUAUUUGGUUUUAGAGUUACUUAUAUUCACAGUAAUUUAUUUUCACUUAUUUUAGAUUCUGUGUUAUUUUUAC